UCCGGCCAGGUCAUUUGGCCCCUCCCAAACAACCAAGUACAAUAGCCGCCGUUUUCAUCAACUGCAAACGUUCAAAAAUGGUAUAAAUAGCAACAUUGAAAAUCCCCUGUGCUGCAAUUGGAAUAUUGAGCUCAGAGGAGUUCAAUCAAAGCUUUUACUACACGCCAUGUCCACUUCAAGAGGAAGAGGAGGCCGCAAAGGAGCACAAUCAGCUCAUUAUUCUCGUCGCAACUACAAUCAAAAUUGGGUAAUCAAAUCUUCAAAUGAACAACAAGGGUCACAAUUAUCCUCCUCUUCUUUGAAUUCAGGUGAAAAUGAUGAAGUUUUGCCUGUAAUAGCAACUGUAAAAGAACCCAUUUCAAUUGACCCACAAGGUUCACAACACUCGGAGUUUGUUCGAAGACCCCAUCGAAAUCCGAUCUACCCAGAAGGGUCACAACUAUCAUUCUCAUCCUCUUUGAAAUCAGGGGAAGAUGUAGAGGUUUUGCCUGUAAUGGAAAAUGUACAAGAACCCAUCUCGGAGUUUGUUCGGAAGGACAAAAUCCCCCAUCAGAAUCGUAGGAAUUCCAAAAGGGUAUCCCGGAACAGGCAUGCUUAUGGGGUUAGUGGUAAUUUCAAGAAGAAAUCAGAAAGUUCUAGAGAGGUGGUUGGUGUUCUGAGUUCUCAUGUGGAAGAAAAGUUAUCUGGUGAUAGUGUAGAUAAAGUUGAGGGGUCUGGUUUGUGUAAUGAUGCUGAUGGUGUUUCGACAAGGCUGGAGGAGCUGCAAUUGGGUGCUGAGGAGCCGGAAUUAUCGACUAAACAGCUUAGAAUCAAUGAUCAAGCACAGGAGGAUGAGUUACUAGCGCUGGAAUCAAUUUUUGGUGACAAUGUCUUCAUUCUUGAUAGACGAAAUGGUCUACGAUCUUUUCAGAUUCAUGUACAUAUUGAAGUUCCUGAUGAGCUGACGGUAUCUGUAAAUCUGAGUUCCUCUGAUGCUCUUGGAAUACCAGAUGAUAGUUCACCUGAGUUAUCAUACUCCCUCAAAGUUGAGCAUCUGCCACCGAUUGUGUUGACGUGUUUACUACCUAAAUCAUAUCCGAGCCACCUUGCUCCUCACUUUACAAUCUCUGUCCAGUGGUUGAAUUCAGCAAACAUUUCCUCUCUUUGCUCCAUGCUUGAUUCAAUCUGGAAUGAACAAUUAGGUCAAGAAGUUUUAUACCAGUGGGUGGAGUGGUUGCAUGCCUUUUCUCUUUCUCAUUUGCAGUUUGAUCAAGAAAUAAAGUUAGGUUUUUGUGCCGAGAGUCAUAUUGGAGAUCGGCGUGCAAUUUCAGGAACUGUCUCACCGGAGGUUGAUAUCCCCUCGCUCAAGAUCUAUGACGAGGAACAGCGACAUGAGAAUUUCCGUAGAAACAUUCAUCAAUGCUGCAUCUGUUUCAAUGAAUUUCUUGGUAUGGAGUUUGUGAGGUUGCCAUGUCAUCACUUCUUUUGCUGGAAUUGCUUGAAAACUUUCUCCGACAUGCAUGUCAAGGAAGGUACAAUCACCAAGCUUUUGUGCCCCGAGGCAAAAUGUGGAGGUAUGAUUCCUCCAGGUUUGCUAAAGCGGUUGCUUGGUGAAGUGGAAUUUGAACGCUGGGAAUCAUUGAUGUUACAGAAAACAUUAGAAUCAAUGAAGGAUGUCUGCUAUUGCCCAAGAUGUGAAACAGUAUGCAUCGAGGAUGAAGAUCAGCAUGCCCAAUGUGCAAAAUGCUUCUUUAGUUUUUGUACACUGUGCAAGGAGAAGCGUCAUGUUGGAGUUACAUGCAUGACACCAGAAAUGAAGCUUCUGAUUUUGCAGGAGCGACAGAGUUCAUCUCAAUUGAAAGAUAGCCAAAGACAGCGUGAGAAAGAAAUGAUUAAUGACAUUCUCAGUAUGCGGGAAAUUCAUCGUUCUGCAAAGCAAUGCCCUUCCUGUAAGAUGGCUAUCUCGCGAACUGAGGGCUGCAAUAAGAUGGUGUGCGAUAAUUGUGGAGGAUACUUUUGCUAUCGCUGUAACCAGGCGAUUGAUGGAUAUGAGCACUUCAGGGACGGGAAAUGUGAACUUUUCCCGCCAGAAGAAAUUCAGAUGUGGGAAGAGAGGAUUAAUGCGCGCCAAGUUAUCGGACAGAUUCAAGCUCAAAUGCUUCCUAAUCGUGCUCGUCCAUGCCCUAAUUGUGGCCAAAUGAACGCAAAGGCUGGUAAUAACAAUCACAUGUUCUGCUGGGCAUGCCAGAAUCAUUAUUGUUACCUGUGUGGAAAGACGGUGAAGCGCAGCUCCCAGCAUUAUGGACCUAAGGGCUGCAAACAACAUACUACUGAUGAAUAGCUGGAAAAAAAAGGUUCCAAUUUAAGGGGAUCGAUCUUGCUCUUCGAUAUCUGUGUUCCUCAUACGUGCUUAUGUCAAAGGUGUCGAUAGCUAAGUUGCUAGCUGAUCGCUCGAGGGCAUCUCUUCUCCUGUGAUAUAUGGCAUUUUCACAGCAGAUGUAAGUGCAUACAGUGGCGUACAUAGAAUUUUUCGUUCAGCCAAAAGCCGAGGCAAGUAAGGGCAACAACGGCAUAACGAGCAGAUUUUUUUAAAAAAGGUAAAUGAGUGUUUUGUCGAAAUUCUUUUAUUUUCCUUUUUUAUGGAUGUGAUUAUACCAUUUAUUUGAAAUAUGUGAGCAUAGUGUAUUUGCUAUUGCUGCAAUGGAGCUUCUUGAUUUAGAAAUUGCUUACUACCUUUCAGUAUUGUGCUUGUAUUGAGUCUAAUAAAA